AUACGGUUGGAUAAAUCCUGCGGUUAUCACGAUCGUCGAUUUUUUUUUUCCACUCUCGCUCGCUCACUCGCUCUCUCUCUAACCCGCUCAGUCACAGUGUUUUGAGGGCUUUUUUAUUUUACUUUUACUCGCCGCCGUCCGCGUUGCGCCCCGCCGACUUCGAAACGCAAAAGUUUUUAACGACGUCCUCUCACGUCGACCACCAGACAGCAAGCGACUUCCGACGGAUAACGAUUUUCCGGUCAAUCGGUCCGCGUCUACGGAGCUUGCAAGAACCGAGUGGAAAGAGACAGAGAUAGUGCGUCCUCGCGAACUACUAUCUCCGUCCCGUCGGCUGCUGCUGAUAUAGAUUUUUAUUAUUAUUUCGUCUAUCUGGUUGCGAUCACGUUAUACACCGUUUCGACGAUCAGCUGCGUAUCUAUCUUGUUCGCCGUUGCACGACCAUUCCAGCUCCUGUCCGGCUCCAUUUCAGCAGCAUCCGGCCCGUCUGAAUGCGCCGUUCGAGUGUUCCGGCGUCGUACUAACAACCAUGUACUUACGUGCAUCAACGUCGCUCUCACGUAUCACCGCCAUCGCCAACCGUAGUUCGCCGGCGGUUGUCAAACGUAGAGAUUACAGCGACAACGUCGACAGUGCAAAGAGAGGUCUCGUCGUUGGUGUUUACAUUGACGAUUCUGAAAAUAACGUGAAACUCACACCAGCAGCUGACCAAAUAAAUCAAGAAAGUGGUGGCACAAUUUUAAAAGCAUUAAAAAUAGGAAAAGAGUUUAUGAAAAAAGGAAAAUCUCGGUUAUUUUUUAAUUCUAAUCUUAAGUAUGGAACAAUUGCUGUAGUGGGAAUUGGUAAAGAAGAAUUAGAUGAUAAAGAAAAUGGUGAUGGCAUUAAUGCUAAAAAAGAAAAUAUACGCAUCGCAACAGCUAAUGGUUGUCGUAGUCUUGUAGAUUGUGGUAUCAAAGAUAUAUUUGUGUCCGCUAUGGGUGAUUCAGAAAGUGCUGCAGAAGGUUCUACUCUAGGAACUUGGAAAUUUCAAGAAUAUAAAAACAAAAAAGACAUAAUUCCAAAAAUAUCGUUAUUUGAAGAUAUGUCAAGUAGCGACGGAUGGAGUCAGGGAAUAAUUAAAUCCAAUGCUCAAAAUUGGUCAAGGAAGCUUACUGAAUCUGCUCCUAACCAUAUGACUCCAAUCAUGUUCUCUAAAGAAGUUCAAGAAGUACUUGGAAAACAUAAUGUUAAUGUAAUAGUGCGGGACAAAUGUUGGGCUGAAGAAAAAAAAAUGGGAGGCCUGUUAAAUGUGGCCAAAGGCAGUAUACAACCUUUAUCAUUUUUGGAAAUUAAUUAUUCGGGUGGACCCAUUAACGACAGACCUAUAGUUUUAGUUGGCAAAGGUGUGACUUUUGACAGUGGAGGCAUUUCAAUCAAACCAUCAGCAGCUAUGGGUGAAAUGCGAGCUGAUAUGAUGGGUGCUGCAAAUGUAGUAGCUGCCAUCUCUGCAAUAGCAGAACUAAAACUUCCAGUCAAUGUAAUUGGUCUAACUCCAUUAUGUGAAAAUAUGCCUAGCAGUAGUGCAGUAAAGCCUGGAGAUGUUAUUGUUGCCAUGAACGGGAAAUCUAUACAAGUAGACAAUACAGAUGCUGAAGGUAGACUAAUACUUGCAGAUGCUCUUUGUUAUGCAGCUACAUUUAGGCCAAAAAUCACUAUAGAUCUUGCUACUUUAACAGGUGCUAUGAUGGUUGCAAUUGGGGGAGCUGCUACUGGAGUAUUUAGUUCAUCUGACAUACCGUGGGCUGCCAUACAGUCAGCUGGCUUCUAUACAGGUGACAGAAUGUGGCGAUUUCCUUUGUGGAACUAUUAUUCUUCAUUAUUAAAAGGUUAUUCUGGUUUUGAUUUAGACAAUAUUGGGAAAGGAAAAGGUGGUGGUGCUUGUACAGCAGCAGCAUUCUUAAAGGAAUUCGCUCCUCCAGGCGAUUGGAUUCAUAUGGACAUCGCUGGAGUAAUGAAAUCAAAUGGAGAAGAUGGUUUAUAUAUAUCCAGUGGCAUGUCUGGUAAACCAACCCGAGCAUUAGUACAGUUCAUUUCAAAUUUCUCUCAAAAAAAUUAACUUUGUAUCCUACACUUAUACUUUCUGCUGAAGUUAUCACAAUGGUUAUAACAGUUUUUAGUUAUAUUUUGCAAUAAAGCUAAUUAUUAAAUUAC